GUGUAUUGCUAGCAUUGCUAGUGUUAUUCUGGGGCUCAUUUUUGGCAGUUUUAGAGUUCAAUACAUCCAAAAAAGGCGAUGUCUAUUUAUGCUAGAUUUGAAUGUUUCAGGUCAAUGACUAAGCACUGUUGAUUAGACAAAUGACUAGUCCAUGUUUUAAGUGCCAUUCAUGUAAAUGUUAAUGUACUGCAGGUUUUCCCAAUACAUGUCCUGGAGACCUACCAUCCUGCAGAGUUUGGAUCGGACCCUGAACUAACACAGCUGACACAGGUUAUGAAGACCUUUAGGACUCUCUGUAUGUUAAAGCCAGUGUGUUGAAAAUUAACUCUGCAAGGUGGUAGAUGUCCGGGACCAGCAAUAAGCACCACUGAACAGCUACAUACAGAAAACUUCCAACAACACCUGCUGGUCCAAUCUGUACUAGUGUGUCCUUGUCAGAGUGGGUUAUGCUUGACUAAUUUUCAAUUUAUUCUCCAGGUUUUAAUGUUAUGGCUGUAAUCAGUGUUGUUCACUUCAGCAGUCAUUGGUUUUAAUGUUAUGACUGUAACCAGUGUUAUUUUCUUCACCUGUCAGUGGUUUUAAUGUUAUGGCUGUAACCAGUGUUGUUUUCUGGUUAACACUGGUUGUUAUCGGUGUCAGUGUUUUAAAGCUGAUUGGUGCACUGUGUGGGUGUUGCUCUGAAUGGAAGUGAGUGACCCAUAUUAGCCAUAUGAAGGGGGCGUUUCCAGUCCAGUAAAUGCAGACAGUGCAGAAAUGUCUGGAAUCCGGAGAUACAUUAUAAACAGCAUGUGUCAGCGCCAGUCUUAUCAACACUAGACUCUAGACUCUGAAUGAACAUCAGGACAAAAUCAGACGUGCAGCCAUCGUUUCCCUUCAGUUCUUUUGUCCCAAAAACGUUUCGAGAUGAGGAGAAGAGUGGAUGAAGCCGCUGGUUCUGGGCGGACCGAGGAGAAACCAGUUAAAGCCAAGAAAGUUCGAAACGUGCGAGAGAGAUCUUCAUGGAGAGUGUGGUUGAAACGAACUUUCCUGGUGCUCUGUGUUCUGUAUGUGGCCUCACGGGUUAUACCACGCCUCUUUCCUGCCUUUGUACAGCACAUGGUUUAUUCACAUGCUAUAUUGUGGUUUGUCGACCUGAGUCGUCCUGCUGACCUCGCUCUUAAUCACACCGUUAAUAUGUACCUGAGCUCUGAAGAGGGGAUAACACUGGGCGUGUGGCACACUGUGCCUGAGCACAAGUGGAAGGAGGCUCAGGGGAAGGAUCUGGAGUGGUAUGAGAAGUCUUUGGGUGAUGGGUCGCCUGUUUUCAUCUAUCUACAUGGCAAUACGAAUAACAGAGCUGCCCCACAUCGGAUAGGAGUUGCAAAUAUCCUCAGUUCUCUUGGCUAUCAUGCAGUGGUUAUGGACUACAGAGGAUUUGGAGAUUCCAUUGGUGAGCCCACUGAGCCUGGCCUGACCACUGAUGCCCUCUACCUAUAUCUACCUACCUGGGUAAAGGCACGCUGUAAGGACAGCCCGCUGGUCAUAUGGGGACACUCACUUGGCACAGGGGUUGCAACCAACCUCGCAGUAAAAUUACAAGAGCAAGGAAAACCUGUUGAUGGAGUGAUACUUGAGGGUGCUUUCAACUCUUUAAGAUUGCCAGAGGGAUUCCCUCAUGCUUUCACCUGGUAUUACUGGAAGUUUCCCUACAUUCAGUUCUUUUUCCAGGACUCAAUGAAAAACAAUAAACUCAGUUUUCCCAGUGCUGAAAAUUUGAAGAAAAUGACGACGCCUCUUCUGAUCCUUCAUUCUAAGGAUGACCACUUGGUGCCCUAUUGGGUAGCUGAGGAGCUUUACAGCAUAGCCAAAACUGCCAUGAAGUCAGAUGAUCGAGUCAGACUGGUGUUGUUUGAUGGAUCUCAUGGAUAUCUUCAUAAUGGUCUCUACAGGGACCCUGCUUUGCCAGGCAUCAUAAGGACAUUUAUGAAGUCUCUCGAAGUAUAAUCCAGAAGUGCCUAGAAGAAGCUCAAGAAAAAGAUAUCUUCAUCUGCAAAUAAAAUGUUUGCUUCUACCCAUCUAAAGUAUGCAGACAUGCACUGAUAAGAAAAGGAGAUUCAUCAAUGUUUACGUUCAGUUUAGUUAAGUUUAGCUAAAGAUAUUGAUUUGAUUAUAUUGAUUUGUAAAUUAUUUGAAAUUUAAAUGUGAGGAUUGAAAGUUGGUUACCUCUGUAAAUAAUCAAAUAAGCUACUGAUUUCAUAAGUGUGAUCAAAAAUCAAGGGUCAGUAAAUACAUGGUGUGUGGAAAAUAAACACUUUUUUGAUACAAGUGAUGAUUUUUAUUAAGAAGAUGAUAAUGCAAUAAAUUAAAGUGUGUUAAAGUCUGUUAAA